CCUGCAGCCUCCCGGAUCCCGCCCCUGCCUCGCUCGCAGCCGCCCGCCCCGCGGUUCUAGGAGCCACCGGCCCCCGCAGAGGCCCGACCGCCCAGACCGCGGGUCCCGGGGCUCCCUGGGCUGGGCCGAUCCCAGGGAGCCCCCCGCUCCACUGCCUCCCAGAGCAGGGUGGGGAAAGGGAUCGUAGCCCGCCGCCGCCUCCGAGCGGGCCUCCAAGUGAGCGCCGGGACAGGGCUCAGACUCACAACCUCAAGAUCAAGAGUCUCAUGCUGCGCCGAGUAAGCCAGCCAGGCGCCCCGACGGCAGAGAAUUUGUUGUUGUUCUUCAGCCCAUGUGGUCACCAUGAGGCGAGCCAUCGAGUCGUUGACCACAAUCUCAAGAUGCAGAAGAUUCCAGAUGUUUCAAUAAAACGAAAUAAAGGACUCAGGCGGCCUGAGAUGGGCGCCCGGCCUUCGCGGCGCCGGCUUCCCGCGGACCAGCCCAUGGCCUUGGACGCGCUGCCCCCGGAGCUGCUCGUGCGGGUGCUGAGCCACGUGCCGCCGCGCGCAUUAGUGACGCGCUGCCGCGCAGUGUGCCGCGCCUGGCGCGACGUGGUGGACGGGCCCACCGUGUGGCUGCUGCAGCUAGCCCGCGACCGCAGCGCCGAGGGCCGCGCACUCUACGCGGUGGCCCAGCGCUGCCCGCCCAACGGCGAGGACGAGGAGUUCCCGCUCUGCGCCCUGGCGCGGUACUGCCUGCGCUCACCCCUGGGCCGCAACCUCAUCUUCAACUCCUGCGGAGAGCAGGGCUUCCGAGGCUGGGAGGUGGAGCACGGCGGGAAUGGCUGGGCCGUGGAAAAGAACCUAACACUGGUGCCGGGGGCUCCUUCCCAGACCUGCUUCGUGACUUCUUUCCAAUGGUGCUUCAAGAGGCAGCUUGUGGACUUGGUGAUGGAGGGGGUGUGGCAGGAGCUGCUGGACAGCGCCCAGAUCGAGAUCUGUGUGGCCGACUGGUGGGGUGCCCGAGAGAACUGUGGCUGCAUCUACCGGCUCCGGGUCCGCCUCCUGGACGUGUACGAAAACGAAGUGGUCAAGUUCUCGGCCUCCCCCAACCCGGUCCUUCAGUGGACUGAGAGAGGCUGUCGACAGGUGUCUCAUGUCUUUACCAACUUCGGCAAGGGCAUCCGCUACGUGUCCUUUGAGCAGUACGGGAGGGACACGCGUUCCUGGGUGGGGCACUAUGGCGCCCUGGUGACCCACUCCAGUGUGAGGGUCAGGGUCCGCCUGUCCUAGCCUACCAGCUGAGCCAGCCUUCCAGAAUGUACUGCCGUCUGCCAGACAUCAUCAGUCAGUGGCAGCUUCACAGCCAGGAGCCGACGCCUGUGGACAGUGGGGGUCCCAUGUGGCCCAUUCCCGGCACACCACCACUGAGCCCCGCUUGCUGCUGCUGUAGCAUGGUGGCCCACAUGCUGUGCAAGAAACCAGGGACCCGGGGCUGGCUCAGUGGGUUGAGUGUCUGACUCGAUCUCAGCUCAGGACGUGAUCUCCUGGUUUGUGAGAUCGAGCCCUGU